AUGUCUUCACGAGAGCCAGGGCCAGAGCCAGCCUUCCCGACAAUCUCCACGGAAAGACUCUCGCUGCGGCUCUUCGACCCAGCUCGCCCUUCCGACUACGACGCCCUCUUGGCCCUCUACGACAGCGACAUCGUCAAGCGCACGCUGGGCAACCCGGGCGUGUACACGCGGGAGGACAUCGAUUUGCGCGCCAAGAGAUUCCACCCUCGUCCCAAGGACUGGGAUUCUGAGAAGAGGGGCCCCUUCCCCUCGCACGCCUGGCACUUCAUCUACCUCCGCGACGGGACGGAUAUCGACACGGAUGCUCCUCAGGGACAGGGACAGGGACAGGCCGUCGGCUGCAUCUCCCUGGCCCACCGCCACCCACUGCCCUACCCGGAUCUAGGGUAUACCGUUAUGGAGCCGUACGUGAACAGAGGCUACGCGACCGAGGCAGCCAAGGCCGCGUUGCGUUGGUGGUCGGACGAGAUGGGUGUAGAAAAUAUCUGGGCGGCAGCAUUUGAUACGAAUGUGGUCAGUCAGAGGGUCGCAAGGAAGAUCGGGUUCGUGGACGGAGGGGAGGUUACGGUGUUGCUGGAUGAUGCCGUGGUCAAGCAAGGCAAGGCUUUCGUGCAGCCCGGGAUGGGGCGGUGUUUGGAUGGGUUGACUGUUGAUGUUCGGCAGAAGUGA